AUGCUUUCCAAGACAUUCUUCAUGACUCUUCUUGCGCUUGGCGCUUCCGCCGCGCCCAUUGAGGGUGAAGUGCAGAAGGACAAUAUCGGCAAGCGCUGCGACUGGAACGACCUGCACGGCCAAAUUUCCUGCGGCUAUUUCAGCGUUGUCAUGUCGUUCGAUGAUAUCACCAUCAGGGGCGAUGGAUGGACCCAGAAGUACAACAUCGAUUGCAGCAGAGAGUGGUCGUCCCUCAGAGGCCAGCUACCUUGGACUGUCGAAUUCCACCCGGGCAAUGCCUGCGCCGGAACGAACUAUGAUAACAUGUGGAUCAAGUACGCCGAUACCACUUUGGACAUCCCCAGCGACACUCGCUGUGGUGCUGUCGGUCCAAACAACUCCCUUCGCAGGUGCAUCAUCGCCGAUAAGAAAUAA